UUUUUUCUAAUAUUUGUCCAUCUUCCCAAGGUCUUGCUUACUGAACCUUACCAUUCUUCAACACUAUCUCUUUUCCAUCACUGUCAAAGCUUGCUUUCAUACUCUCUCUAUCUCUCUCUCUCACCAUUGUGUAACUAGAGCUUUCUCAUCACUUGGUUUUCUGCUACUGAAAGGUAAGCUCUGUAAACCCCCCCCCACCCCCCCCUCCUCAUAUUCUGUACUUGGAUUUUUUUUCAUUUUUCUCCAACGGUCAUUUUUUUUUUUCUCUUUCAUCCUAGAUGAUAUGUUUCCCUUUGUCUUGUUUGUUCUUCUUCUUCUCUGCAACUCUUAUGGUCUAGUGGGUUCUUUGAAUGAUGAAGGGUAUGCCCUUUUGUCAUUCAAACAGAGCAUUAAGGAAGACCCAGAAGGGUCUAUGAGUAACUGGAACUCUUCUGAUGAGAGUCCUUGUUCAUGGAAUGGGAUUACAUGCAAAGAACUAAUAGUUAUUUCUGUUAGCAUUCCAAAAAAGAAACUUUAUGGGUUUCUUUCUUCUACUCAUGGUCUUGGAGCUCUCUCUCAGCUCCGCCAUUUGAAUUUGAGGAACAAUAAAUUGUUCGGGACCUUGCCUGUUGAGCUCUUUCAAGCUCAGGGGCUACAAAGUUUGGUCCUUUAUGGGAAUUCCUUAUCUGGGUCUGUGCCAACUGAGAUUGGGAAGCUCAAAUACCUCCAAACCUUAGAUUUAUCCCAGAACUUCUUUAAUGGGUCUUUACCCAGUUCAAUUAUUCAAUGCAAGAGACUCAAAGCCCUUGAUCUUAGUCAAAAUAAUCUCACUGGUUCUCUGCCAGAUGGGUUUGGGACUAGUUUGGUUUCCCUGGAAAAACUUGAUCUUUCAUUCAACAAAUUCAAAGGUUCAAUUCCUAGUGACAUGGGAAACUUGUCUAGCUUGCAAGGCACUGUUGAUUUGUCUCAUAAUCUUUUCUCUGGUUCCAUCCCAGCUAGCCUUGGAAACCUCCCUGAGAAGGUUUAUAUUGAUCUCACUUAUAACGAUUUGAGUGGGCCUAUACCACAAAAUGGUGCUCUGAUGAACAGAGGACCGACAGCUUUUAUUGGGAAUCCUGGGCUUUGUGGCCCUCCAUUGAAGAACCUAUGUUCUUCAGAUACCUUUGGUGCAACUUCACCUUCCUCAAUUCCAUUUUUGCCGGAUAACAACCCGCCUGGGAAUCCUGAUGAUAAUCCUGGAAAAAGUGGGAAAGCAAGAGGGUUAAGUAAGAGUUCUUUAAUUGCGAUUGUAGUGAGUGAUGUUAUUGGCAUUUGCCUCGUAGGAUUGCUGUUCUCAUAUUGUUAUACUAGGGUUUGUCCUUGUAGCAAGGGUAAGGAUGAAAAUGGUUAUGGUUUUGAGAAGGGAGGUAAGGGAAGGAGGGAGUGCCUGUGCUUUAGGAAGGAUGAAUCAGAGACUUUAUCAGAAAAUAUUGAGCAGUAUGACCUUGUGCCAUUGGAUACACAAGUAGCUUUUGAUUUGGAUGAGCUUCUUAAGGCAUCAGCUUUUGUUCUAGGAAAGAGUGGAAUUGGGAUUGUGUACAAAGUUGUGCUUGAAGAUGGGCUUACCUUAGCUGUGAGAAGAUUGGGUGAAGGGGGUUCUCAAAGGUUUAAGGAAUUUCAGACAGAAGUAGAAGCAAUUGGAAAGCUAAGACAUCCUAAUGUUGUAACCCUCAGAGCCUAUUACUGGUCUGUUGAUGAGAAGCUGCUCAUCUAUGAUUACAUCCCUAACGGAAAUCUUGCCACUGCAAUUCAUGGGAAACCUGGAAUGGUAUCAUUUACACCACUAUCAUGGUCUGUUCGGUUAAAAAUUAUGAAAGGAAUUGCAAAAGGCAUGGUCUAUCUACAUGAGUUUAGCCCCAAAAAAUAUGUCCAUGGAGACUUGAAGCCCAAUAAUAUACUGCUUGGACAGAACAUGGAACCCCACAUUUCUGAUUUUGGACUUGGGCGCCUUGCUAAUAUUGCUGGAGGUUCCCCAACCCUGCAAUCUAGUCGAAUGGCCACCGAGAAAUCACAAGAAAGACAACAAAAGAGUGCACCCUCAGAAGUUAAUACAGUUAGUUCAUCUACAAAUUUGGGAUUUUGUUAUCAAGCUCCUGAGGCACUCAAAGUGGUGAAACCGUCACAGAAGUGGGAUAUUUACUCAUAUGGGGUGAUCUUACUAGAAAUGAUUACUGGAAGAUUGCCUAUAGUUCAAGUGGGUACCUCAGAAAUGGAUCUUGUUCAAUGGAUUCAGCUCUGUAUUGAAGAAAAGAAGCCACUUUCAGAUGUUUUGGACCCAUAUUUGGCUGAAGAUGCAGAUCAGGAAGAGGAGAUUAUUGCAGUUCUGAAGAUUGCAAUCGCUUGUGUUCAUAGUAGCCCCGACAGGAGACCUGCAAUGAGACACGUCUAUGAUGCUCUGGACAGGCUUGCCAUAGCCACUGAUUGAGCAAUCCAACAAAACUGUGAAUCUGGUCAUUCGUGAAGCUUGACAUUUAGUUUGCUGACAGAUGCAUGACUAGCUGAAUUUUCCUAAAUUGAAAAGGAUGAAAAAGAAGAAGGAAACUUGCAUCAGAAUUGAAAGUCAUGGAAAAGAAAAUGAUUAUUUUGUGUUAGUGACUUUGUUCUCUGUAAGAUUCUCUUUGUUAGUUGUCGCUAGGUGAAGGUAGGGUCUGCUGGGAGAGCAUGCUAUGAGAGGUCUCAACGUAUCUUGCACAAGCUGGCUGUUAAUAUUUUUCUGAAAGAAUGUCUUUUUCUUCUUGCUCUUAUUGCAGACCAUUUUGUAUCUUCUUGUUUCUUGGUCAAAUGAAGUUAAUUAUUUGUUUGUUGUUUC